CCUUUGGCCCUCGCGUGCAGCGGUGGGAAUUCGAGGGCUUCUGUUGCAGGCAUCGAGAAAUUCCUGAUUUCUCGAUCCGAGUUGAAUUGCGCCGGGAAGGAUCGAUGGCGGAACGAGGUGGGGAGAGGGGGGGAUUCGGUCGGGGAUUCGGCCGGGGGGACAGAGGUGACAGAGGAGGUCGGGGCGACAGAGGUCGAGGUGACAGAGGCAGAGGGCGCAGAGGCCCCAAGAGAGAAGAGGAGGAGAAAUGGGUCCCUGUCACCAAGCUCGGAAGGCUCGUGAAGGAUGGUAAGAUAAAAUCCUUGGAGCAAAUCUACCUGUUCUCUCUGCCCAUCAAGGAACACCAGAUUGUCGAGUUUUUCUUGGGCCCGGCUCUCAAGGAUGAGGUGAUGAAGAUCAUGCCCGUGCAAAAGCAGACCCGUGCGGGACAGAGGACGAGGUUCAAAGCUUUCGUUGUGGUAGGAGACAGCAAUGGACAUGUCGGGUUGGGUGUGAAAUGUAGCAAGGAGGUCGCCACUGCCAUCCGAGGUGCCAUCAUUUUGGCGAAGCUUUCUGUGAUCCCAGUCCGCCGAGGGUACUGGGGUAACAAGAUUGGAAAGCCACACACGGUUCCUUGCAAGGUAACUGGAAAGUGUGGCUCCGUGACAGUGCGUUUGGUUCCCGCACCCAGAGGUUCCGGAAUUGUGGCUGCACGUGUGCCGAAGAAGGUUUUGCAGUUCGCCGGUAUCGACGAUGUGUUCACCUCAUCUAGAGGUUCUACGAAGACUCUUGGAAACUUUGUGAAGGCAACCUUUGAGUGUCUGUUGAAGACCUAUGGAUUUUUGACACCUGACUUGUGGAGAGAGACUCGGUUCUCAAAGUCACCAUUCCAGGAGUUUACUGAUCUUCUGGCGAAGCCAAACAAGAUCACUGUGUUGGAAGAAGUGGAGAAGACCCCCAUGUAUUGAAAGCUUUAGUAGGGUUCCCAUGUUCACUUAAUACGAAACCUGGAAGCUGAGGGAGAUUUUGGAAAAGGUUACUGUAAUAUUAAUUUAUACAGUUUUGGACGACUUGAUGUGUGUUAUUCUUGUCAAUCAGUCCAUACUCCAUGUAGCUGCGAUGAGGAAUUUUGUGAACCUUAUCGCAAAUUUUGUGAAUACCUCGUGCCAUGAACUAUUUUAUCGCAGAACAUGGCAUUCCUUUCU